UCUCUGCAGCGUGGUGUGUGCGUGGAAUGGAAUGAAAUAAAAUCCCAAGUUUUUUUAACGCUUUGUUGUUCCCAGGCUGAAUACAAGUGAUUAUUCAUACCUUCGCUGGUCGCGUGUUUGUUAAGUGGAAGAGUUUUGUGUAAAAUAGGUAAAAUUAUGGGGGUUGCUGGUAGAUCGUUCUUGCCGGAUGUGAGGAUUUUUGGUGAAUUUGUGUUUUGAAAAAGUGAAAAAAAAUCGGACGUGGUUUGUUUUUUGGGGGAGGAGGAGGCGGUGGGUUUGUUGGAGAAAGUGAAAUUGGGGAAUUCUUUUGAAAUCGGAAAUGAAGAAACAUAAUCGUGCCUCGAUCGGAUGGCUGGGUCAUGCGUUGACUGCACUCGCGGUUUUCAUUUUCAUUGCAGGCUGCAUCAUAAUCGGAUUCAUCGCCUGGGUGCUUUCAACAUCCGUCUCGAUACAGAAAUUUCAGUCCGGAACUCUGAUUUUGACCUACAUCGUGAUCGGGAUUGGAUUCUCACUCUUCUUCACUGGACUGAUCGGCUGGGUUGCGGGGGCGAGUGAGACGGCGUGCAUUAUCAGAUUGUUUAUCGUGAUGGUCCUCGUCACAGUGACGUCCGGAAUUGGGGGAGUCCUAGCCCUGCAAAUAACUCGGAUUGAGACGGAAGAUAUUCUACGCUUCGGAUGGAUGGAGGUUAAUCAAAACUCACGCAAUUUCAUCCAGUCAUCACUAAAUUGCUGUGGUUUGAAGGGACCACGGGAAUUUGCGGAUAAUAAUUAUCUCAUGGAUUCUACCUGUUAUGAAAUCACGCAUGGGGAAAAGAGGUUGAAACAGGCGAGUUGUAGCCUGGAGUUGAGGCGUUGGUUGGAGAACAACAAGUCAAUCUGGGUGUCGCUUAUCGUCGCACUGCUCAUCAUCCAAGUCCUCUCCGUCAUCACGGCAGCCCUCAGCCUCCAUUUUUUAGCCAAAAGAAACAAAAAUCGUCGCAACGAAAGUCGUACCAGCUCCAAUCGCCAACUUUACGAUGAUUCCGACAACAGUGAAAACUUUAGGGAUUCACUCUAACGUCAAAAUUAUCAACGCGUGGUACGUCGUCGGGACGAUUUUUGUUGUGAACUCGACAUGAAGAAAAAGCGAGAUUCGAAAUGAUCAAAUUUUUAUUUUUUAUAAACGAUUCUUAUCCGUGUAACUAAUUGUAAGAUUAAAAAAAAAUUAAAACUGCAAUUAACUUCGCAUCA